AGGAUAGGUCAGCCCCGGUACAGUUAGAGGUUCGUAGAUAAACUGUAUCGUCGGAGUAGAGCCAAAAACAGGGGGCAGCUCAGUGUGUGCUCCUGUCAGCGGGCAGUGAGGGGUCUUUGGGUUGGGCACAUGCUGCCUCUCAUAGCAGGUGGCGGACCCCACACACACUGAAGACAGCUCCAUCUGUUUCCAUCCUGGUACAUUUAAGGAGUGUCAUGCCAGUCCCAGCGAUGGCAGAGCCUGUGGUUGAUCACCAGAAACGCUUUCAGGCUGCUGUGGAUGUCAUCCAUAACCUCCCCAAAAAUGGCUCCUACCGGCCAUCCUAUGAGGUGAUGCUGCGUUUCUACAGUCUGUACAAACAGGCAAUGUGUGGACCCUGUACAGUGCCCCGACCUGGUUUCUGGGACCCAGUGGGUCGCUACAAAUGGGAUGCCUGGAGCCGCCUGGGACAGAUGAGCAGUGAGAGCGCCAUGACAGCGUAUGUGGACGAGAUGAAGAAAGUAGCUCAGGAGGUCAUUGACACUAUGCCCAUGAAUGAGAAGACUGCCUCUCUCUUCCACCACUUCGAGCCUCUCUACCUGGUGAUUGAUGAUAUGCCGCGACCUCCGGGGUCACUGCUCAUACUCAGAGAAGGUCUUAAAGGCAGUGAGCAUGCUGGCAGGCCAACAGACAUCAAGAGUGAGGAUGAAGAGCAGGAGGGCCAAGACAAAGAUUAUUGUCUUCCAGAAGAUCCAGAUCAGGAGUUCAGCCUGGCUGAGGUUAUAGACCUCAUGCCCACCACCAUCCCUAAUGACUCUGGAGUGAGUGAGGGCUUAGUGUUGACCAGUGACUCAGAGAGCGAGAUCUUCUGUGAUUCUGUGGAUUCUGUGGAGCAGCUCUGUCAUAUCAAGAUUCCAGUAGUCAAGUCCAAUGGUUUUCAGAAUGGCCACAUGUCCUCUGAGUCAUCUCUCCAUCUGGAGGCCCGACAGGUAGGAGCAGGUCAAGGUGGAGAGGGAGCUGAGGAUGGGAAAGGUCAGGGUCCAGUCAGCAGGAGGAGAGACGGCCGGCGGGAAGGUUCCUACCACAGCUGGAGAGAACGUGGUGUUCCUCAGGGCAGCCCAAGGUGGGGGGCCCCAGGUAGUGGUGGUGGUGGGGCCGGGAGAGGAGGAGGGGACGGUUCUGAAGGAGCACCAGAGAGGCUCCAUGACACCCAGCUGCAGCAGCAGAUCAUCGUAGCCCUACAGAGGCUCAGAGAGGACAUGAGGAGUGUGAUGGACAGGCUGGAGGUGGUGGAGAGGCUUGCUGCCACACAUGCUCAGGGGUCAGAGUGGAGACCUUGUCUGCAGUGUGCAGCCACAGCUUCACAGCGACAGGAGGAGAGCUGGUGGCCAUUUGACGUGUCCAGUCAGACCAUCCUCCUCUUCCUGCUAUGGCCAUUUGUCGCUCAGGGUCUGGUUUACCUGGUGAGGAAAGCCCAGAGGAGAAGUCGCAUACCUUUGUGAAGUGAGUUUGAGAAAACACAGUGAUUAUCACUGCAACAAGUCACAUUUCUACAGCAUAAAGGACUGAUUCUAAUAUGAAGUCACGAAGGUGUCCUCCACCCUUGUUCUGUGUGCUGGGAGGAGGGAGGGAACUCCGUCUGAAGACAAAUGUAUGUGACUCUCAGGAUCCAGAAACCCUCUCAAUCACUACAGCAAAUUCAUCUUUAUUUACAUGAUUGAAGUGGAGUCAUCAGUUGACACGUGUUGGACAGCAGGAGUCAGAGAAUGUCCUCAUCAGAGCAGGAGAGGAGCUCUCAUACUGAGGACAUGUUACUGGAUUAUAUCAUUGCUUUAUUUGACUUAAUGAAACCUAAUGUGCUUUCACCUCAUUCCCUUUCUUCUGGUGUUUCACUACCAUAAGCCUGAUGUCUUUGGAAUAAACAGAAUCUUAUCAGUGUCAGAAACACUGUUUUCCAGUGGAGGAAGUCGAGCUUCAUGAAUGUCUUAAGUGUGAAUGUCAUUGGAACAGAGCAGACUGUAAGCACUCAGAGGAUUAUGUGGCAACACUCGUCAUUUCAUCUGACUGCUGAUCUCAGGUUGUUUGUCAGUGUCUCCUUUAAUCAAUCGUGGAAAGAAAACAUAAGUGAACCCUUCAGGAUUUUCUGUAUUUCUGUAUUAAUUGUCCUAAAGCCUGGUCUGAUCUUCAUCUAAGUUACAGUAAUGAACAAACACAGUCUGUUUGAACUAGUAAAACACAUCAUUGUGUUGCUCUGUACAUUAUGGAUACAUCAUGCAAAUAUUCAUAGUGUAGAUUGGAAAAAAGUGUGUGAACCCCUCAGCUACGACAUCAACAGCCAAGUGAAGUCAGGAGUUAAUAAACCAGUGAAACCAGAUCAUAGGUGUGUGUUAGAGCUACUCUGACUUACAGAAACGCUUUAACAUUUUGAGUUUGAGUUUUUCAUUAGAAUGAUCAGCUGAUGUGAACCAGCUCCGGGGGCUUACCAUUAAGAACUGUUGCUUAGCAUAAAACUCAAAGAGUUAACAGAGUCAGUUAGUCGCAGUCAGUCUCUGUUCAGCACUACGGUCUAAAGUUUGUCAGCCUGACUGUGUCUGAGCUGAAGCAGCUCUGUAGGAAGAACAGUCCAAAUUUCCUCCUGAAUGUUGUACCAUGAUCAAUGGAGACUGGAAGAGCUGGACUGAGGUUACUGCGACCAAAGGAGGUUCAACCACUUAUUAAAUACAAGGGUACACUGACUUUCUCCACCUGCACUGUGAAUGUGUUCAGUAAAGACAUAACUGUCUGUGUUUUAACAUUGUGUUUAUCUGUAGUUGGACUUAGAUGAAGGUCAGGUCACAUUUAAUGACCAGUUAAUGCAGAACACCAGGUCAUUCCACAGGGUUCACUGACUUUGUCUUGUUAUUGUCCAUCCGAGUCUUCUAUUGAACAUGUGUGUCCACUGCUCUGCUGCUCUAUCUCGCUGACUGUUUUACUCUGACUAAACUACAUUUAAUCACAGAAAAAUCUCUGCUGUUAACAAUGAUAUAUAAACUGAAGAAUGAGCUCAAAUUAAAAAUCUAUCUUUAAUAGA